AGAGGAACGGGAAGAGGAGAACGGAGGAGAGAGAGAGAGAGAGAGAGAGAGAGAGAGAGAGAGAGAGAGAGAGAGAGAGAGAGAGAGAGAGAGAGAGAGAGAGAGAGAGAGAGAGAGAGAGAGAGAGAGAGAGAGAGAGAGAGAGAGAGAGAGAGAGAGAGAGAGAGAAGACAUAAAGGCUACGACAAAAACCAUGAUGAUAAUGGAGUCGAGGCGGUGGAGGAUGUCGGAUUUACAAGAAAGGACUGUUGAAAUUUGACAGAGGGCUCGUGUUGAAAGCUGGUCUUUAUUUUUUUUUAUUUUAUUUUAUUUUUUUUUUAUUUUUUCAUUUCUUUGCGUUUUGGUUUCCACAUGCUGGGUGGACAUUAAAGGAGAGGAAACGGGGAGCACCCCACGGAUGCCUCGGAAGGUAAAAACGGGGUCCACCGCUGGCGCUACAGGCAACAAGACGCAUCAGAUCUCACGGAUGUUAAUAAAGGACAUCCCGAAGAGAGCUCUGGACUGAUGGAUGAGGAUGAAAAACAGCUUUAACCCCCUCCACCCGACGACUGUGAAAUAAAGAGGAAAAAAGAAUCCUGUUUUGAUGGAUUUUUGUUAAUCAUUUAUGGUGUAGCCUGAAGGAAACGAGCCUUAGACAGCAAUGUUGAAUCACUGGUGUUGGUAAAUUAUUCAUUAGAGGUAUAGGUAGGCUAUGAUUUUGUAUUGCUUCAAUGUAGCAUCCCCCCCAUUCAUUUUGACAAUGUUUAGUCUUGUGAGAUCAUACACAUAUUUGCAGGUUUUAUUGUAUGGUUCUGUAGGCCCACUUAGUAGCCUUUAACAGCCACAGAAGAAACAGCCAAAGCAGGGGGGGAUUUUAGCGCAAGAAAUAUUUCAUAUAGACAGAAAAAAAUAUCCGGAUAGUGAGGUGUGUCGAGCUGUGAGGGAUUUGUUUUUAUUUAAUUUUUUUUUUUUUUUUUUUUUUUUUUUUUUUUUUACAAAUCCACUUUUUUUUUCUUCAAAGAAGAACAAGACGGGGGUGUAAUAAGAUACAUAUAUAUAUAGAAAAACAUGUUGCCUUCCCAAGAAGCCUCCAAGAUCUACCAUGACAAUUAUAUGCGCAACUCUCGGGCCAUCGGGGUGCUGUGGGCCAUCUUCACCAUCUGCUUCGCCAUCGUCAACGUGGUGGUGUUCAUCCAGCCCUACUGGAUCGGCGACAGCGUCAACACGCCGCAGGCUGGCUACUUCGGCCUCUUCCACUACUGCGUGGGCACCGGGCCGUCGCCCAGCCGGGAGCUCACCUGCGUGGGCAGCUUCUCCGACUUCAGCUCCAUCCCGUCCGGAGCCUUCAAGGCGGCCUCGGUGUUCGUGCUGCUGUCCAUGGUGCUGAUCCUCAGCUGCAUCGCCUGCAUGGCGCUCUUCUUCUUCUGCAACACCUCCACCGUUUACAAGACCUGCGCCUGGAUGCAGCUGCUGUGCGGAGUGUGCCUGGUGCUGGGUUGCAUGAUCUUCCCUGAUGGAUGGGACGCCGAGGUGAUCCGGGACAUGUGCGGGGAGCAGACGGGGAAAUACUCCCUGGGUGAUUGCUCUGUACGCUGGGCCUACAUGCUGGCCAUCAUGGGCAUCUUGGACGCCCUCAUCCUCUCCUUCCUGGCCUUCGUCCUGGGCAACCGGCAGACAGACUUCUAUCUUGAUGAUCUGCAGACAGACAACAAAGCGUCAUCUUUCAUUACCAAAAAGCCUCAGCUGGAUAAACAUCUUAAAGAUAAAACAAAUUUUGCUGUGUCAAGGAUUGAGGUGCGGGAUAGAAGAGAGCCACGAUACGGAGUGCAGCGUCUCCACUGAGGGCAACAACAGCACUCGAGAACUCCUUCUCUUUUCUCCUCUUUCUCUUCUCCCCCUCUACUCUCUUCUCUUCUCUCCAACGAUCAGGAUAUCACCCAAUUUCAAUGCAGACACCAAGUGUACAGGAUUCUGUAAGAUAAAAAGAAAAAAAAACAAGAAAAAAAACAACAAAACACACUGGGAUAAACUAUAUUUUGAAAAAAAAUUAUACAAGGUUGUACAGUGCAUUUAACACUCGACUUUCUCAAUGAAUACCUUUAUGAUAAAAAAAAAGAUUUACUGUAUUUAAAGUCUUGAUUUGUGUGAGAAAUUCAAUCCUUAUGAUGAAGAACCAUAAUGUCCAUCUAUUAUUUUUACCAUGGUUUCUUUCAAAUCUUGCUAUUUACUGACUUUGAGUUUCUGUGUUGUGUGCAUUCAUAGCUUCAGAGAGCAGAUUAUUGAUCCUCCUCGUACAGUGAUAGAGUCGAGACUCGCAAUACAGCAGCAAGUCCAUUAUUAAAACAUCCAAAACGCUUCAACAGGGACUCGUAUGGCUCUUCAUCUAAGGACUUUCAAAUGUGAGGAAUUUAAAGGAGUACCCCAUUGCAGCUUUACAGAACCUAACAUCUCUGGGAGAUUCUCUACUGUACAUACUGAACAAUGUAAAUAACAUUACUGCUGACAAAAACAGCCGACAACAAAACCUCAUCUGACUCUAAUGCAUUUGAGUAUAGUAUUUCUACCCUUGGUUUCAGUGUUCCUUGUACUGGAAGAGCAUCAAAGUACGUGCUAAUUCAUGGUGUUUCUGUGACUCCUUACUGCUGAUUCAGUGGGAUUACACAGAUGGGAAUGAAUCUGAUAAUAUAGCUGGAUAUUCCACAGAGAAGCAGAGCAUCCUGAAUCCAAGUGAUUGUGUUUGAUCACAAUUUUUUGACACAGAAAAACAAGACACUACCCCUUCAUCAACGUGGCCUAAAAAGAAGCCCGUUAUUGUAGUUUUUCACCCUUCAGAAUGUUAUAAAUUAUAAAUUGCUGAAUUUAACUGCAGCUAUCACAUCACAUUUAGAAAUCUGGUCUCUACUUUUUUUUGUCUGUUUUUUUUUUUUUUGUCCGAGUUCACUCCUUUGUACUAACUUGCAAUCUCAUUCUCCAGUGUGCAGUUUACUCCAGUUUAUGGUUCCAGCAUACAGUGAUCAGUUUACUCUACAGAUGUCUUAAGACUGUGUGAAUAUGGCUGUCCGAGUCGGCUCCAAGUGCUGCAUUGUCUUAAGGUGAUGUCACUUAUUUGCCUCUUUGCAGAAGCAACGCUGCUUGCAGUAGUCAUAGGAAUCAUAAGUGGGACACAAUCACUGCAAAGAAAAACACCAAAAUAAAAAAGCUAAUUCUCCUAAAAAGUACAAAAUCACUUUGAAACAUUGCCUCCGUAGGAACAGUAUUCGUCAGCAGAAUUUAGAGUUUGAUUGUAUUUUACCACAGAAACCUUCCGGUCAUGCUAGAUAUACAUGAUCUUUUUGUCAUUUUGGGCAGGGCUGUGGCCAGGAUUUUUAAAAGAUUACACUUGCUCACAAAAUAAAUAAGCCUAAAAGUAGCCAAACUGAACACAUUGUACAAAAGCGCAUUGCACUCAGCAAAAGAAAAGGAAAAGUGAAGACUAUAUCUGGUAAAACUGACUUUAAAAAUCUCUUUAUUACAGGCUGGAAUACAUUUUGUAGGUUAUUGUCCACUAAUGACUACAAUCAUUAGGAUUUAAAUUUUCUCAACAUCUUUGUAAGUCAUUUAGUGAUAUAUUACCCUGCAUCCUGUGAUAGGAAGAAAAACAAAAGAAAAAAAAACUCAGCUGUUCAUAGCUAAUUUGGAACCCUUUUAUUUGUAAUACUUUGCUGUAAAAAGUCUAUGUAGACUUCAGUGUGACAUUCAUAGUUCAUAUUCAAUAUGUUAAAUCAGGUGACACCUGCCCCUGUCCUCUACAAAGUACAAUAAUGACUGAUGACCACCUUAAGAUCAUGUCAUAAUAACAGGAAUAGGUCCCCAUUUUUAAUUCAUUGUGAAUGCUGUGCACUUAUUGGGCCUCACGCAAGAGCAUUUUCAGAUAUUGUCUUUUUCUGUGUAUACUUGUGGCGAAAUGCUUGUCUAAACCCAAUGAGCUCACUGGUGGGCAACUCAUUCACAGAAAUGCUACUAAUAAUAAGAAAAAAGUUCUCACCAUGGAUCUAAUGCAGUUGGAAAUUGUUGCUAUUGUAUUAUUAGCAACAUGCCAUCAGAGACAAUGGAAAAAUGGUUUGACAAGAAGUUACAUACUAAAUAAAAAAGCCCAUCUUAGAUAGGAGGCAGACAUGACAAAGUGACAGGAGAUUGAUGUGAGAAGACAAUACAAUAGCUAGUCUCGCUUCGCCAGCCCAUACUGUAGUACAAAGCAGUCUGGCUACGCCUCACUAUCAGUCUGCAAAGUGGAAGAAAUGUACUUGCUUGUUUGCAUUUCUUUGAACCAAUCACAAUCAAAGAUGCAGCUUUGGUGUUCCCUCAAAAUAAUGAUGGGGGAAACUGUUGUGGUGAAACAUUUACAUGCAGGUAUGCAAAUACUGUCAUUACAACAGAAAAACAAAACCUAGCAGGGCUGCCUUACUGCAAUUUUGGCAAAAACGUGAACUUCUCAGUGUGUAGGUUUCUCUCUGGAGGUUGUUGCUGUUUCCUGUAGUGAAAGGGAUGGCAACAGGCAGAUAUUGGAAGGGAAGGACAAAACCACCAGAAAUAAACGGCCAAUGGAAGACUUUCACGCACAGCCUACAAUUGGUGUGUUAGACUACACAGUAGGUGAGGCUAAAGCGUUGUGUGCAACACAGGAUGUUCCUUUAAUGGGACUUGGUUCUGUGUUUGAACAUGUGUCCCAACACAAAGUACAGUCACAUUUCACACAUGGCUGCUAGAAAACAUGAAGAUGAUUUCCUGACAGCAAGAGGAAGAACACAAUAGUGCACAAAAUGGGCAUCCAGUUUGCUUUUCUUGCACAUGCACAAUUGGCGUAACCUGCUGUGUCGAAAUUGUUGCGUUCCCUGUGGAUUCUAAUGCAGAUGAUGAAAUUUAUGUGAAGUUUUAAAAUUAAAAUCAAAAUCCAUUUUUAUAUUCUACGAAGGAUACUUGUGUGAGGCCCUUUAAGAUCAGUUGUACUGGAAUCAGCAUUGAUGUCAGCAACGAUUCAGUGAUUUUAUAACCUGGCGUGUAAAUCCCCCCACCCCAGGAAGAAAUUCAAAUGACAUAACCUCACUGUCCUCAGUGAUAGCUAAUACACUGAACUAAAGAGUAUGAUUCAUGUAGCAUCCAUACUGUGACAUGCCAACACCCCCUGAUUAUUGUUCCUCCAACAGCAUAACUUGAUGUAGCUCUUGACACACCAGUGUCACCUGUUGUUGUCCAUGCUGACGCAUUUCGGAGGGUGAUCACUGCUACACCAGCAGCAUUAAAGGUGUAAUUUCUAUUGAAUAUUUCGAACAAAGCAGCCCUGGAGGUGACCAGCUCACCAGCUUAUGUGAUAACUCGCAGGGUACUGUACUUUACUGAUUUUGAUUAUAGGAAUAUGUGCUGCUUGAAACCACAAAAAUAGUAUCUGUACCUUUAUUUGUCUAAAUAAUGAAGAUUACCUGCAAAUGUGUUCUGAUGUGGGCUGAUGGCGCUGCCUGUGUGAGUUGUGUGACUCACCAUUUUGCCCGUGAGCUAAGUUAUGGCUUCAGUAGGCUCCAGCCACUUGAUUUGUCUGCAUCAGUGACACUGAUUGUUAUACCAGUGACAACUAGGAUUCUAACGUGACAAGCUGAGGUUGCUCAGUACGACAAAGAAGGCCGCUGUAAUCCAGGGCACCAUGGGGCUUUUAUCCCUCUCUGAGCUGCACUUCAGGCUGACAUACUGUAAUUGAACCUCCUAAAGCCUGGGAAUUAGCUGUGCACACGCAUAAUUGUUUCAUAUGACAAACUGGCAUGCUCUGCCCAUUUAAGGGAAUGGUACGACCAUACUGUAAACCCUGGAAAGUAAUUAAAUCCAGUUCACUGAGCAAUUCAACCACAACAAGGUCAUCUACAUUUUGGGCUACAUCGCGAGGAAAAUACAGCCUAGUGAAGGACUCAUUAUACAGCAUUAUAUUUAACUGUAAUCCAUGUUACGCUCUGUUAGGGAUGCACUGCUAACACAUUCCUUGAGGAAGGAAGUCAAAGAAUUAAUCUUAAACUAUCACACAACACUGUUACACUUACAUUAAGAAUUCCAGUUAACCUGCUACACGUAGGUAAUGGGUUAAAGAUAAGAGGCCUAGUGUGUGUUGGAGAUCGGCUCUGUGGGUCAAACUGGGUGGGUUACUGGUGCAUCCCUACACUCUACAAAUGUAAUGAGCAGAUAGCUAGAUGUGCAGUGUGUUUUUUAGAAUGGUAGCUAGCUAACUCUCAGGAAGCUGUGUACACAGUACUGUAUUAAAGGCUCAUAAUGGAAAUGAUCCACAGACACAAGCAAGUCAAAUACACAAGUCAGACUUUGAGGUUAAUGCUCUCAUGAUGAGUUAACGGUGUCAUUGUUUAAAUGGCAUGUUGCUCUGCAGUAUUAAAGCUUUGGAUGGAAUAGCACUACUACACUGGUUUUCCAAGCUGGGCCUUUAAGACAAUAUGAAAACAGCCCUUAUGCUGAAUCUAACAAUGCUGUCCAUGCAGGCUCUGCACACACCUUUGGCCUACAUCUGUCAACCAUCUUAGGGUAGAAGUGUUGGGCCCUCAUUCAAGAAACCUUUCUUUUCACUUUUACUUUGAAUUUACUGUGCAAACAUAAAAAAGAGAAGAAAUUCAAACAGACCUCAUCCGUUUGGGAUAGCAAGACAUAUUUUUUUUGCUUUUGAUAUGUAUGUGAUCACUUGAGAAAAUCAGAACACUUUUUUUAUAUCUAAAGUUUGCAUACAGCAGGCAGUAAUGCCUCUCACACAGUAUUUACUGUGAUUUAAAUAUCUCCAUAGCGUGCAUCUCUCAUUUGGGUAUAUUUCAUGGGCCCAGGAUGUAUUUUACAACAAAUCUACAUAAAGAAUAUAACAAAGGAAAAAAGAAAGCCCUGAGGCCUAAGUGGUCGUGCCAGGCUUCCAAGCAUCAUUACCUGUGUGAUCAUUGGUCUGGUCUUCUCUCCGGGUACUCCGUUCCUGAGGACUUGACGAUGAACUGAAAAAUACCUUAACAAGGAACUGACAAUACCUUAACCCUGAUGAGCACAUAUUUGUACCACUCCAGGUGCCUCUAAGAACUCUUGAUUUAAUUCAGAUGUGGUGCAGAACCAGCAAAACAAGUAGUGACAUUGUAGUUUUUUCUACUAAAGACUACGUACUCGGACUGAGCUCUGAAGCUAGAUGGGUUUCACUGCAGAUUUGAGGUCAAUUCAGUUUCAAGUCGAAGUAUUAAACCUCAAAUAACUAAGACUAUUUUUCCCCCCUACUUAUUUAACUUACUUUGGGGAGAUGUUUUGAUAUUUAGAACUUUAAUUUUCAGUUUGUGAUUGGACUUCUAAAGCUGAAUUCACCUCAAUCUGUAUUUACAGGAUCAUCUAAAGAUGUGAAAAAGAAUGACAAGCUAAUAAAAGAGUCAAUGAGAAGUCAUUUCAAUCUCAAGCCACAAACCAAAUGUUUGUGGACUAUGUAAAUGUCAUUGAUAUGUUGAUGAUUCCAUCUUCUUUUAUCAUGCAAUAUCAUGUAUAAAGACAUAUUAUUGGGGGUGGGAUGGGUUGGGUGCGAAGGUGAAUAAUGUCCAGUGACUUACGUUAUAAUAGUUGACUUUCUGUUAACUCCUGAAAUGCAGAUGUUGCCAAAAUACCAUCAACUAUCAUAUGUUAUCAUGAGAAAAAAAAGAUAAACAACAGUUUUGGUUUUGUAUAACAAAAGAAUGAUAUACUGAUAUUGUCAAGUAAUACUGAUGAGAUCUUUGUUUUAUGUGUUAACUACAGACUCUUUUCUGUUAUGGUUUAUUUUCUAUGUAUUUUGGUAUGAUGUAUGACGAUUGUUGUUCAGUCACAUCAGACUUAAAAUCUCAGAUUCAGUUUUGACUCACUAAUGGAUGAGUGCUUGUUGAAAUCUCAACACCCAAAAAUGUACAAAAGUCUGUUUAUAAAGUUGCUUGAUUGUGGACAAGUGGACAGACUCUGAAAAAAAGCUUGUUGCUUUUCAUGGAUUAUGAUGGCAUACUGAUUUUGAUUUGAAAAUGACAAUGUCUAAUUAAUUCCUAUUUGUGAAUAGUAUUCCAACUCACCAUGAUGACAAUUUCUGUUAUUGAAACACAUUUUGAGAGGGUCGAAUAAAGAUAUUUUACAUUCAAAAACA